AUGCCAAUAUCUCAAAUCUACCCGGUCUACAAAGUGAAAUUCAAACUAUCAAUCCAAGACCCAGACAUGCCACCACUGCGCUACCACACCAUCCUAUUCGUCCAAGACAACGAACAAGGUCCACGAAGUGGAAUCAAACACCACGUCACCGGCGACUUAGUAACUGGCAUGCACUACGAGCCCGCGAUAAGCGACGACCCAGAGAGCGACGAGAACUUCUUUUCCAAAGAGCUGAUUGGACAUACGAGGGCUCGGAACUAUCCAAAGAGUUGGGAUGAUAUUUUGCAGUCGAUUCCUGCGCCGCCGAAGCAGAAGGCUUUUAAUACGGCCACCAUGAAGACGGAGCCUGUUAAGAGGUGGAGGCCUUUGAUGUUUUAUGCUCCUGGGGAAGCUCGGAGGCCGUUGAUUAAAUGUACUGAGUGGAUUGAGGAUCAAGCUGUGCCUUUGCUGAUCAAUGCGGGACUUAUUCAGUGGAGAUAUGAGAGGAUAGCUGGUGUGGUUGAUUGA